AUGGCCAAGAAUGCUGGUAAUGAUAAAGGUGUUCAUUUUACUAGUAGUGACCUUCUAAAUAGCUCAAACGCGAAUCUAAUAAAUAGUAGUUCUCAAUUAUUUGAGUCAAUAGACCAGGUAGACAAAGUUUACGAAUUUACUCCUGAAGAGCCAAAUAAAAACGAAGAUUUUAACAUCGAUAGUGAUGGAUUCGGGGCUAAACUAUGUAGAGAAGUUCAAACAAUAAGCGACAAAUAUGGAGAGAUAAAGAUUUACAUGAAUGACGAGUACGGGAAUUUAAUAGCUUUAGAUAAUGAGAUAAGAUCUAGCAAGGAAUUAGAUACAAAAACAAGUAUUCAGCAAAUACGAAAGGAGACGAGGUAG